AGGUGGCCGGCGUCCGGUGGAGCCGCUUCCCGGACCUGAACCGCCUCCUGAAGGGGCAUCGCAAGGGAGAGAUCACAGCCCUCGUAGGGCGUGAACACGCUGUGGGGCAGCUUCGAGAUCAGCAUUGCACGACUGGCCAAAAUCAUGUUCACCCAGUUCUCCUGGGGGCGGCUGGAAGAGGAGCCGGACCAAUAUGACGCGUGGGUUGACCGGUUCGAGGACCUGCCGCUCUACUUCAUGACCUUCCACGGGCAGCAGAACAUCAAGACCACGCUGGACACCAUGCGCCAUGCCGUCUAUAUGUACGACAUCCGCCACGUUGUCAUCGACAACCUGCAGUUGGUGAAGGGCCAAGGGCGGCGGUCGGCAGACGGGCUCACGGCCCAGGACACCAUCCUCGGGGCAUUCCGAAGGUUCGCCACCGACAGCGGCUGCCAUGUGACCCUGGUCAUCCACCCCCGCGAAGAGGAUGACAACAAAGAGCUGCAGGCAGCGUCCCUCUCCGGAUCGUCCAAGGCCAGCCUGGAGGCAGACAACGUCCUCACCCUCCAGGACAGGAAGUUGGUAAUGGGACCAGGCAAGCGCUACCUGCAGGUCACCAAGAACCGCUUUGAUGGGGCUGUGGGCACCUUCCCACUGGAGUUCUGUAAGACCUCGUUGACCUUCUCGCCCCCGGCUAAGCCCAAGGGCAAGACUCGGCUCAAGAAGAUGAAAGAUGGCAAAAAUUUGGCUUCCCCCAAGGCCCAGGGGGAUAGUAAGGAGGAGACCCCGGGCAAGCUAUGAGGUCAGCUGCUCCCGAAUCCCACCGGCCACGUUGCUACCACCUCUCGCUUAGAGCUGGAGCUCUGGGAUGGGAAGCAGUGGGCCUUGGGUGCUGGGAGGGUGCUUGUGUCUACUUGCCCCCUGAAGAACGACACCCUUGGCACCCUUCGCUACCCGGGGGUAGUCCUGACCCUCACCCCACUGACAGUCUCUGGGUCCUCUGGCCUUGGGUGUUCUGGAGCACCAGUAUGACCCUGGGCCUUGAGGUCAGGCAUAGCAUAUCUGUCCUCUUGGACAGCGGUCAGUGGACCUUCAGGCAUGACGUUGGCCCAGCUGUGGGGUUCGGGGCUCUGAUCUCCGUCAGUUUGGCCCCAUCACAAGGGCGCUCAGGGCUGGAGCUGGGGGAAGAUUUGCAGCUCCUUAGAGUAUGGAAGCGGUGGGACAGGAGACCCAGGACCACAGGCAGGAUAGGUGGUGGAAGUGAGAGGCGUGGGGGCCCUGGGUUGAGGUACACACACAUGGAGUGGGGGCUGUCAGGGUUGCAGCCACUUAGGGGAAGGGGGACAGGGCAGGGACCUCCGCCUUCUGCUGGCAGAAACUUGGUGGAAUUUUCAGGCUUUUUAUAGCAGAACAAAAAGAUCCAGUCUCUUGGAUGCCUUGUGGAAAUGGGAGAGGUCAAGCACUCUGGUAGGGGACAGGCCUCUGUUCCUGUGAAGUCAGGCUGGGCGACCCAGCCCUUCCUAAAGGACCGAAAAUGGUGCCGAGUCUUGAGGAGUUUCCAAAGAAGAGCCCAGAUUUGUCCCCUUGCGGUGUCAUCUUUUUGUUGAAAGAGUUGGAUUUUUUAGCC